AUGGCUUCAGGAAACUGCACAACACCAACCAUGUUCAUUCUAUCUGGACUGACAGAUGAUCCAAGGCUGCAAAUGCCUCUCUUCGUGGUGUUUUUAGCCAUUUACUUCACCACCGUUCUAAUGAAUCUGGGUAUGAUUGCAUUAAUCAGUAUAGAUCUCCGGCUUCACACCCCUAUGUAUUUUUUUCUCCAAAAUCUAUCUUUCAUGGAUGCCACUUAUAGCACAGUCAUCACUCCUAGAAUGUUGAUGACAUUUUUAGUAGAAAUGAAAACAAUUUCAUACAUAGGUUGCAUUAUGCAGUAUUUUAGCUUUGUUUUGUUGAUAAUCUCAGAGUGCUUGCUGCUAGCUGUGAUGGCAUACGACCGAUAUGUGGCCAUUUGUAAACCUCUGCUCUAUACCAUCAUCAUGUCCAAGACAGUCUGCUGGAGUCUGGUGAAAGCUUCAUACUUCUGGGGGUUCCUGAACUCUGUGAUACACACCAGUGGCUUGCUAAGACUAAACUUUUGUUCUUCAAAUGUGGUAAACCAUUUUUUUUGUGAUAACAGCCCGCUCUUCCAGAUUUCUUCCUCCAGUACUGCUGUCAAUGAACUGCUGGUUUUUGCUUUUGGCAGUUUGGUUGAGACGAGCAGCAUCACCUCCACCUUCAUCUCAUAUAUUUUAAUUAUUCAGGCUGUGCUGAGGAGUCGUUCCAAGGAAAGAAAGUACAAAGCCUACUCCACUUGUGCCUCUCACCUGAUGACUGUCAUCUUGUUCCAUGGAACAAUAAUCUUCAUGUAUUUCCGACCAGUCACCAGCUACUCACUCAACACAGACAAAAUCGCAUCUUUGUUCUACACCGUGGUGAUCCCUAUGCUGAACCCCAUCAUUUACAGCUGGAGGAACAAGGAGGUAAAGGAUGGCUUACGGAGAACCAUAGCCACCCAAGUUUUGCUUCGCUGA